AAUAUAUGUAUAUUUGUACAAAAUUUAUUUCAAUAUCAUCUCAUCCACCAAAAUAUCCUUCUUUGGAAUAUUUCAAGUGAAAAGUUAAAAUCAAAAAAUGAACUUGAGCCAAGUUUUGUAUUCAAUCUUGCUUGUUGCAGUGGUAGCAUUGGGAGUGAAAUUACUGAAUUGGGCAUGGCUGAGGCCGAGAAAGCUGCAGAAGCUGCUGAGGCAGCAGGGGCUCAAUGGUAAUUCCUACCGGCCUCUUAUCGGAGACCUGAAAGACCUCAUCUCCGUCGCCAAACAAGAACAGUUCAAACCAAUCCAAUUCUCUGACGAUCUUCCUCCUCACAGUUUUCAUUAUUUUCACCAAAUCAUUAGCAAGUACGGUGAAAAUUGUUUCAUAUGGUUUGGACCAUCACCGAAGUUGAUGAUCACAGAUCCACAGCUCAUGAGAGAGAUUCUUGCGAGACCGGAUGUUUUCUGGAAGCCGCAGCCGGAUCCUAUCGGGCAUACGGUGGCCGGAGGGCUUCUGUUUCUCGAGGGCGAGAAAUGGGCAAAACACAGGAAAAUCAUCAAUCCAGCUUUUAACACGGACAAGUUGAAGAGUAUGGUUUCGGUCAUUGGUUUGAGUUGUUCGGAUACGAUUGCAAAAUGGGAAGCUUUGGUGGAUAGCAAGGGAGGCGGAAGCAAUUCGGCGGUGGAGAUCGAUGUGUGGCCUUUUAUUGCGGAUUUAUCGGGCGACGUGAUUUCGAGGGUGGCAUUCGGGAGCUCCCAUGAGCAAGGUAGGAGAAUAUUUGAACUCCAUAAGGAGGUUGUGAAGCUCACUUUGGAGCUCAUGCAAUUCAUGUCCAUCCCCGGGUGGAGGUUUAUCCCGACGAAAGCCAACAGAAGAACCAAAGCAAUAUCAGAGGAAAUCCGGUCAAUAUUGACGGGCAUCAUCAACCAGAGAGAGAAAGCAAUGGAGAGGAAUGAAGCAGUUGAAGGAGACCUCUUAGGCACAUUGUUGGAAUCGAGUAACGGAGAGGCCCACAGCAUGACCGUCGAAGAAGUGAUCGAAGAAUGCAAGCUAUUCUACUUCGCAGGCUCGGAUACAAUCUCAGUCUUAGUGAUUUGGACAAUGGUGAUGCUCAGCAAGCAUCAGGAAUGGCAAGCUAAAGCGAGAGAGGAGGUUCUUCAAGUGUUCAGAAACGGGCAUCCUUGUUACGACGGCCUAAAUCGCCUUAAAAUUGUGACAAUGAUUCUGAACGAGGUGUUGAGGAUGUUCCCAUCGGCGCCCUUGCUAACUCGGGCACCUACGAAGACUGUGAAGUUGGGGGACAUGACUGUGCCGAUCGGCGUGGAAUUAAUGCUGCUAAUAGGGGAAAUGCAUCAUGAUCCGAUUAUAUGGGGCAAUGAUGUGAGCGAGUUCAAACCGGAGAGAUUAGAGAGUGGAGUGAGAGGGAAAUCGGGGUUCAUGCCUUUCAGUUUCGGGCCUCGUGUAUGCAUAGGGCAGAACUUGGCCAUGAUCGAGGCCAAGAUCAUGGUGGCAAUGAUGCUGCAAAGAUUCUCAUUUGAGUUGUCGCCCUCGUAUCUGCAUGCGCCGUUCUUGAUCCUCACCCUUCAGCCCCAGCACGGCGUGCCACUGCUUCUGCGUAAGUUCGAGUAGAGGGCGGACGCAGGAAAAAAAAAUAUUGGUGGAAGUUGCAUUUCUUAAAUAUGGAGUUUUAAGUUUUUUAGAAGACUGCUAUCAUUUGAUUCGAUUUUAUUAUAGGGGAUUAUGCAUAAAAAUGUACACACAAAAUUGAUAUGUAACAAUUUUAUAAAAUAAAAAAUACUAGUA